AUGUCAUCAACCACACCGGAUAUCUCUUCUAUACCAGUUCAGCCGAUAAUAAAUUCUUUUACUAGUCGAAUUGUGUCAGAUGAUGGUAAUGAUUCAAUGAAUGAAGCUUUAGAUGCCACUAAUGGUAACACAGAUAAAACACCAGUCAUUGAUGCCAAUGAUAGAGAAUGUGAUAAUGCUGACCUUGAAGAGUGUGAAGAAAGUAAUGAGAAAAAGAGGCAAAAGACAUCUGCUGUUUGGUUAGAAUUCAAAGAAGUCAUUCUUUCUGAUGGUUCCAAAAAAGGAGAGUGUGUCCAUUGCAAGAAGAAGCUAGCAAUAAAUACAAGUAAAAGUACAACUCAAUUUAAGAGGCAUUUGACAACUUAUGUUAAGAGAAAAAUUUUUCAGAAUCAACAACAAAUGAUCAACUUUCAGCUAGUAAACACAUGUGGUGAUGUACAGAUACUACCUGCUCUCACAGAUGGCAAGUUUGAUAUGGUAAAGAUGAGAGAAGCAGCUGCACAUUGGAUACUUAUGCACGAGCAUCCUUUUUCGAUUAUAGAAGAGGAAGGUUUUAACAUGAUGCAAAAACAUGAGAUGCCUGAAUGGGAAAAGGUAUCACGUAAUACUAUUAAAAAAGAUUGCAUGCAAGUUUAUGAAGCAGAAAAGAAGAAAUUAAAGGCAUUGUUGAAGACUGUCAGUAAGAUUAGUUUGACAACAGAUUUAUGGAAAUCAACUUUGUUCACAUACCUCCUCCUCGUCGCGGUGUUGAGAUUGCUGAUUGUGUUUACACUUUCUGUGGACAAUGCUUCAAGCAAUGAUGUGGCGAUUAAAAUUCUUAAAGACACUUUUUCAAGAAAUAGGAUGUUGCUUUGUGGAGGAAAAUUAUUUCAUGUUCGGUGUUGUGCACAUAUCUUAAAUCUCAUGGUUCAAGAUGGCUUUUCUGAGAUUAAGAAUGUGAUUAGUGAUGUUCAUGAAAGUGUCAGUUUUAUUAAUCAAAAUGAGGCAAGACUUAACUCAUUUUCUGAUAUAGUACAGCAGUUACAGUUACCUGAUAGGAAACUCAUUCUCGAUUGUAAAACACGUUGA